CCUAUUUCUUUCUUGAGAGGUUAGUUUUUGAGGUUAUGUGUCUUGUUUUCAUUUAUUCAUCAUCAAGAUGCCUUUAUAAGCGCUUAUUAUUGUCCCUAAAUCAAAAAUGAGAAACUACAAGUCCAUAAUAAGUGCCGGAAAGAAACUGGUUAAGGUUGGCAUUAUAGGUAUGCCCAACUCUGGAAAAAGCACCCUAAUCAACGACUUGAGCCAGAGGAGGUCGUGCCCCACUUCCUCGAAAGUGCACACCACUCGCGCCCAAAGUAUGGCCAUCUUUACGGAAGGAGACACCCAGGUGGUCUUCAUUGACACCCCGGGCCUCGUUAACCAGAAGGAGCAGAAAAAGUUCAAUUUAGAAAAGACGUUUAUUAGGGACCCGAAGAAUGCCCUGAAAGAGGCGGAUGUUAUAGGGGUAGUUCAUGAUACAUCAAACGUAUAUGGCAGAGAAAAGUUGGAUAUUAAAAUCGUGAAUUUGCUUGAGCACCAUCGGGACAGCCCCAGUUUUCUUGUGUUGAACAAAAUAGACCUUUUAAAGUCGAAACGGAAACUUUUAGACAUCGCGAGGAUCCUUACGGAGAGUAGCAUUGAUGGCUCCCCAGUUCCUCGUCAAGGGGUCAACGAGGAAUGCAAACAUCAAGAGUACAAAGGGUGGCCCCAUUUCAAGGAAGUUUUCAUGAUAUCCGCUUUAUACGGGGACGGGGUGGAAGAUUUAAGGAGUCACAUUGUCAGGCAAGCGAAACCUGCCGAAUGGAUGUUCCCCGAAGAGAUCUGGACCGAUCAACGAGCCGAGGACAUAAUAACCAGUUCAGUGCAAGCGAAACUGUUGGAUUUCCUCCCGCAAGAGAUCCCUUACAAGUUAAGGCCGGAACUCGAGUAUUUCGACAUAAACUCGAGCACCGGCGUGAUGACCACGUGCGUUACAGUGAAAAGUCCCUCCAAGAGGAUCUCCUCAUUGGUCGCGGGCACCGCUGACGGUAGGUUAAAGCAAAUCGUGCAAUCCGUACAAGACGACUUACAAAACACCUUUCAUAAUUUCGUUAGGGUUAAGAUUGUAUUGGACCCCUCUCCUAGUGAUAGUUUGUAAAUAAAUAGUGAUGCAGUGCACACGCA